AUGGCUUCUUACGCUGAUAACUGCAAUGUUAACUCUGCUUUUCAAACCUCGAGCUGUCCUGCAACGCCUACCAGAGGCAUUGGCAGGUUCGGAACCCCUAAAACCGUAUUCUCGCCUGCAGCGUACUCUCCUGUCAAGCCUGCUGCUUGCAACGGCGACGCUGAGGUGUGCUGCAGCAGCGUGCUUCUGAAGAGCGUGAGGCCGCUGCUGGAGAAACUGGCGAUGCACAUGCAUGCGUCGUCCUCCCAAGGCCUCGCUGACGGCCAGCACAAGCCCAUUAAGUCGUACGUAGCUGACGCACCUGAUGUGAAGCGGCCUGGAAUCGGCCGCUUCGGAGGCAAGCCUGCUGCUACCGUGCUCGCACCUGUGGUCGUCAAUGCUGCUCCCGUCACACCAUCUGCUGUGGUUGCGCCUGUGGUGGUGCCUGAGGUAGCGCCUGUGGCUCCAGUGGCUUCAACCACACCACAGGUGCCUGAAGCGAGUGUGACCACAGAAACAAUAUCCGAGGAGGCACGUGUUGCUGAUCCGAGUGAGAAAGCGAGGUGGUCGAAGCUGCGUCAGGAGGUUCGAGCUAUGGAUAAUGCAAUGACACGUGCUGCUUACCUGAGGUGGGACAAGCUGAGCAAGGAGACAUCAUGGGCCAUGGAGAUUGAAGCGGCCAUUGAAGCCUCCCUGCGUGGCAAUAAUGGCUGCAGCAGCAAGGAGAUCAGAGCGGGUGUGAAGGGUGCCAAGGGCACCAGCACGCAUGCAGGCUCUGCCCCAUGUGCUGCAUCAUCAGUGAGAGCAGCUGGCAAGGCCAGCAGCAGGCACGUGAGUGGGGUGAAGAGGAGAGAGGGGGGUGGGUGUGGGGAGGGAGCAGCAGGGAGGGCAGCAGGUGGAAGGCAGGGAGGUGUGAAGGCAGCAGGUGGCAGAGCAGUGGCAAAUGGCGUGUGUGGCAGGGAGGGGUUGGAGCAGCAGGCGGGGAGGAGAGAGGGUUUGGUGCAUGAGAGGCAGGCGAGGCCAGGCUGCAGCAGCAGCAGGGCGCACAGAAGGAGCUCCUGA